UCUGGGGCUGACGUCAGGUUCUCGCUAUCAGAGCAACUGUGCCACUGUAAAUGUACAGUAGCCUGUCUUCUGUGUGCCAGGUCUUCGGUUGCUUUUUGAAAUGAGUGAUCAUGUGGAAGAAAACUGUACUGAGAAAAACACUUCUACCCAGGAGGCACCUGCAAAAGCAACUGCUACUGCUGCUAAGGAUUGUCCAAUAACACAGAAGCAGCUGCAAAUAGAGAGGCAGCUGAAAUGCUUAGCAUUUCAAAACCCAGGACCUCAAGUAGCUGACUUCAACCCUGAAACUAGAGAACAGAAAAAGAAAGCCUGUAUGUCAAAACUGAACCAAGAAUUUUUUUAUAAACACAAGACUAUGAAGAAAUAUGACAAACAUGGUAGGCUUCUCUGUAAUAAUAUGGAUUUGUGUGACUGCCUGGAGAAGAACUGUCUGGGUUGCUUUUAUCCAUGCCCUAAAUGCAAUUCCAACAAAUGUGGACCCGAGUGUCGCUGUAAUAGAAAAUGGGUUUAUGACAGAAUUGAGACUGAAGCUGGUGAUGUGAUCAGCAUGUUACCAUUUUUUGUCCCUGACUGAUGUUUUUCUGUUGGGUUUUGUAAUAUUUUGUAGCAAUGUUUAGGGGCUUUUUUCCUUUCAUUUUUAAAUGUUUAUUAAAGUGUUGUUUGGUCUUAUGAA